CCAAGAAAAUCUAAGCCCAUUUCAAAAGAUUUUUUUUUGGGAAAAAGAUUCUUCACUGAUAAAAAAAAACAUCUUGUCAAUCCACAGUAAUGAUAUCUUCUAAAAAAAAGUUACUUUCCCAAGCCCCGCAUUCUUUCAAACCCUAAGAAUACUCAAAAUUCUCCCUAAAAAGCGACACCUUCAUGUACAAAUCUAGAAAUUAAAAAAAAAAGAGGAAAAUGGCGUUUUUCAAUGUUAAAGGGAAGCUCCGUCAUGGCCAUUAUUAACAAAGAAAGCAACCGCAUCCAUUUUUGUAUAAUCUAGCUAAAAGAGAAGAAAAACUACUACUUCAAAAAGGUUGUUUUAACAGUCUCACUAUAUCUGUAACUACAUCAUUAUUUAGAAAUAAUUCCUCAAAUGUGUCGCAUCAUGGUGCUCUCUGAUUUCUGACAGGGUUAUCACAGUACAGUAACCCCAGAAUGGCAGUUGUCGGCUUUGUAGAGCACCCAGGAGAACCAAAUAGCCAAGUUCUCAGCUUUUUAACUUUAUAAAGAACGAGAACACAGUGCAGCUUCUUGUCUCAAUCUCUUCUCUUCCACCGAGCCCAUGGGGGAGAAACCGUAGAAGGGCUCAGAAAUGGAGAGCUCAAGCUCUGCUGCUAAUGGCUCUGGCGACUCUCUCAACGGUCUCAAGUUUGGAAAAAAGAUCUACUUUGAGGAUGCGGGAGGCAAUGGAAGCUCAUCCAAAUCCAUGGCCGCGGUGGGGAAGAAGGGGAAGGGAGUUGCGGCUGUAGGAGGGCAACAGAAGGCACCAAGAUGUCAAGUUGAAGGUUGUAAUUUGGAUCUUACAGGGGUCAAAGCUUAUUACUGCAGGCAUAAAGUUUGUGGGAUGCACUCCAAGUCUCCUAGGGUUAUUGUUGCAGGGCUUGAGCAGAGAUUUUGUCAACAGUGCAGCAGGUUCCACCUUCUAUCUGAAUUUGACCAGGGGAAAAGAAGCUGUCGCAGACGUCUAGCUGGACAUAAUGAACGUCGAAGGAAGCCGCCUCCUGGGCCUUUAACGUCGCGAUGUGGCAGGCUUUCAUCCUUCCAUGAGGACAACAGCAGAUUUAGAAGCUUCCUGAUGGACUUCACUUAUCCAAGGCCGCUAAGUGCUUCAAGAGAUACAUGGCCAAGCAUGAGAAGCAAUGAUCAGACAGUCAAUAACCAGUGGCAUGGGAGCUUUGGUACACGUGUUAACCAGUAUCCUACUUUCCUCUCUGCUCCUGAGCAAGCAUCAGGCGAUUCCCUUGCAGGUGUCUCAGACUCCAGCUGUGCUCUCUCUCUUCUGUCAACUCAGCCAUGGGGCUCAACCAUUGUUGCAGCGGCCCCGCCUAGAAACCAUGAAGCUCCGCUGAUUUCAGCGAGCACCAGAAUCGAUGGUGGUCCGAUGGCUCAACUGAACAUAGCAUGCAGUUACAUGAAUAGUCCAUGGGCAUAUAGAGAUCAUGCAUCAGGGAGCAGCUCCCUUGAGAUGGGAAUUAAGCAGUUGCCGGAUGUUGGCAAUGGCCACUUCUCAAGUGAGCUUGAGCUGGCUCUGCAGGAUAAUAGGCAGUGCCCUGAUGAGCUUGGCCACCGUGAGGUCUUUGAUCAUGAUCAUUCUGUCAUGCACUGGUCUCUUUAGUAGUUAUGUUGGGGGUUUGGUGCUUUUAAACGUUUUGUGAACUAUGCCAUGUACUGUUUUUUUGAGACUCGGCAGAACAUGAAACAUCUUUGCUAA